AUGGCGAAAUUCGUGGCUUCAGCCUGCUCAAAACCUUUUGGAGCAAGAAUAUUCGUGAAAUCGGAAACUUCUGGCAAAAUUAUUCUUUCUGCUCAAGGAUUCGAGUACAAAAAUGUUGAUGACAAUUCUGAGAUGAGUUAUAUUGGAGAUUUUUGGAUUGAUGAAAAAUAUCGUGGAAAAGAAAUUAUGACCCAAUUUCCAAAAAAUAUUGCCCUUUUUAAAAAUGAGGUGCAUUCAAGUAUGAGUGAGUUGAGAAAAUAAUGUUUUGAUUUAAUCAAUUUUGCAAUUUUAGAAGCAUCGGCUUUUUUAAACUUCAAAGAAAUCACUGGCAAUUUGAACGAAUAUUUUGAUAGAUAUGAAUCAAUUUAUGACAAAAAUGAGUUACAAUUGAAACCUGAUGUAGAAACUGGAAUAAAUCUAAAAAAGAUAUGUCAAAUUCCAACUAAACUUUUAAACGCCUAUGAUCAACAAAUAUUUCCCUAUCACAGAGAACAUUAUUUUGAAAAGUUUCUCAAACAAAAGGACUGUUUUUCAAGAGUUGCUCUAAAUUCUGCUGGCGAGGUUAUUGGAUAUGGUAGCAUCAUAAACCACAAUGGAAGUGCUAUAAUUCAACCAUUGUAUGCUGACAAUGCUGAUAUUGCUCGAAAAAUAUUUUGUGGAAUACUCAAAGAAGAAAAUUUGGACUUCCAGAGACUAUACUUGCGAACCAAUGAAGAUAUUUACACUUGGAUCCAGCCUUUGUUGAAAGACGGUGUUGAAGCUCGUCGAAACAAACAUUCUGUUUACAGAUACAGUAAAGAACCUCCAAAGGGUUUUGAUAUGAAUAAAUGCUUUGCUUUUGCAAGCAGCAAAGUUUGUCCAAUUUGA